CUUCCAACCUGCUUUUAACCCAUUUUCGGAAGCAGCAGAAGUCGGGGAGAGGUGAACAUUUGUCAGGACAAUGAAUAUUAACAGACUUAUAGCGUUAUCCAAAUCUGUUAAAUGUGGAAAGACUUUACUAACAUCUAACGUAAGAGAUGUGGCGAAAGAAGUCACCGUAACUCACCGAGCCUUCAGAACUCAUGCUAGGAAUCUUGCCUACGCCAAGGACCUGUUCCUCGGCAAAAUGAACAAAGCCGAGUGCUUCCCCUAUCCAGAGAUUGGAAAAGAAGAGCUGGAGGAGAUCAACUCGUUUGUUGCUCCGGUUGAGAAGUUCUUCACUGAGGAGGUGGACUCCAAGCGUAUCGACCAUGAGGCUAAGAUUCCUCCAGAGACUCUGAACGGACUGAAGGAGCUGGGACUGUUCGGUAUCCAGGUGCCUGAGGAGUAUGGUGGCCUGGGUCUGUCCAACACCAUGUACGCCCGACUAGGAGAGAUCAUCUCUCUGGAUGGAUCCAUAGCAGUUACACUGGCUGCCCACCAAGCCAUCGGACUCAAGGGGAUCCUGAUAGCUGGUAGUGAGGAGCAGAAGGCUAAAUAUCUUCCCAAGCUGGCUUCAGGAGAACAUGUAGCAGCCUUCUGUCUCACUGAGCCUGGCAGUGGGAGUGAUGCUGCGUCCAUUCAGACCAAAGCCACCCUAUCAGAGGACAGGAAAACAUACCUGCUCAACGGGUCAAAGAUCUGGAUCUCCAACGGGGGGUUUGCAGACCUGAUGACGGUGUUUGCUCGUACUGAGGUGGUGGGGGAGGAUGGAGUGAAGAAAGAUAAGAUCAGUGCCUUCAUCGUAGAGCGAGCCUUUGGAGGGAUCACCAGCGGGAAGCCAGAAGACAAACUAGGCAUUAGGGGGUCUAACACAUGUGAAGUGUCGUUCGACAACUGUCCAGUCCCUGUGGAGAAUGUAAUAGGAGAAGUAGGAGGAGGCUUCAAGGUAGCGAUGAACAUCCUAAACUCUGGCAGGUUCAGUAUGGGCAGCGCCGGCUCUGGAAUGAUCAAGAAACUCAUCGAGAUGACAGCAGAGUACGCUGGCAGCAGGAAACAGUUUGGUAAGAACCUCAGUGAGUUUGGGAUGAUCCAAGAGAAGUUUGCAGUGAUGGCCCAGAAUGCAUUUGUGAUGGAGAGCAUGGCGUACCUGACGGCUGGGAUGAUGGACCGACCAGGGGUCCCUGACUGUUCUCUAGAGGCUGCUAUGGUUAAGGUGUUCAGCUCUGAGGGAGGCUGGAUAUGUGUGUCUGAGGCACUUCAGGUUCUAGGAGGUCUGGGCUACACUAAGAACUAUCCCUACGAACGCUACCUCAGAGACUGCCGGAUCCUGCUCAUCUUCGAGGGCACCAAUGAAAUCCUGAGGAUGUACAUAGCUCUGACUGGGAUGCAGUAUGCUGGUAAAAUACUGACCGGCAAAAUCAAGGAGAUGAAGAAGGGGAAUGUGGGCAUGGCCUUGGAGAUGUUGGGCAGGAAGUUGGGAGACGCGUUGGGGAGGAAGGUGGACCUGGGACUGACUGGGAGGGACGGGGUGGUGCAUCCUGCUCUGGCGGACAGUGCCAGGAAACUGGAGCAGAACGUGGCCCAGUUUGGCUCCACAGUGGAGAACCUGCUGUACAGAUAUGGAAAGACGAUAGUAGAGGAGCAGCUGAUCCUGAAGCGUGUUGCUGAUGUCCUGAUCAACCUGUACGCCAUGACCGCCGUCCUAUCACGAUCUAGUAGAUCUAUCUCUAUAGGGCUCAGGAACCACGACCAUGAGGUGCUGCUGGCCAAUACGUUCUGCACCGACGCCUUCUUCAAGAACAACUACUGGAUAACUCAGCUACAGAGGAAUUCUCCUGAGAACCAAGAUGAGAACAUUAAGAAGAUCGCCAGGGAGGUUCUGGAGAAGAGAGCCUAUAUCUGUUCUCACCCUCUGGACAGAACCUUCUAGAACCUGAACAGAACUGGAGGAGACACGCAGGGCUGUCUGUAAUGGUGCCCUAUUCCCUAUGUAGUGCACUACUUUGGGCCAGAACCAUAUGUAGCAGCCCUAUGUGGCUCUGGCUAAAAGUAGUGCACUAUAAAGGAAUGCGGGUGCCAUUUGGGACAGACCUCGGUGUCCUGUGACCCUGAAGUUCCAUCCAUGGCGACAUGCCUCUACUCUGGUGUUGUGAACUAGCAAUAACUAACUCCUCAGUUCUGAAGCAACACUUUAUAUGAUGUUAAUUUAAUUCUGUAUAUCAUUUAUAACAACGAAUGACUGUAAUGACCUUGUUCUUCUACUGAUGGUGUUUUGGUUGAAGUGAACAGUAGCUGUAGGGUACUGGGCAUUUAUUAAAGUGUUGAUUUUUUCAAAA